AUUGGAUGGGACGUGUGAUGUGUGAUGACGUCAUCACAUCACGUCCUGCACGUCUUCCAUGUUGCAGUGUUCAACUGUUCACGCGCCACUUUUUUUGCAUGUGUAAUUCAAAUUAUGGACGGUUUUAGAGGAUUGUAAUCAUUUUUUUUUUAUUAUUUUUAUAUUGUAUUUUACCAUUUUUAUGGUUUUUUAAGUGUUUGUAUAAAAGGAAAGUAAGUUUGUUUUAUAAAUAUUUAUUUUGAGCUUUUCUUUUCUCUGUUUUCGUUUUAUACAGAGUAUAGGGGUUAGGGUUUCUUCUUCUUGGUGUGGUUUAUUUUUGUGUUAGCAAGAGAGUUUGAGUGCAUCAUUUUCGUUUAUUGCCUUGUUAUUAUCAUCUGUAAACCUAAAAAAUGGUUAAAACUCGUUCCUCAAUUUCUCCUUCGCAUUCUGUAAAGGUAGCUGCUGAUAAGAAGAAAAUGGAAAAUGUCUCUGAUGAUGGAGAUCGUGAUGAUUCUGAUCGUUCUAAUGGUUCUGGUGGAUCAUCGAAUGGUAGCCGUGGCUCGGCAUUGCAAAAGAGAAAAAGAGUUGUUGAUAAAGUGAAGAAAGAAGAUGUUCGAAAUGUGAAAAAGAUGAAGCAAGUUGCUGAAGAUUUGCCUGAGGAUUAUGAUAGUGAAGACUUGGAGGUUGAAGUUCGUAAUGAUUUGAAGGAAUGGGAUUUAUAUUUCAAGCCUGGUGAAAAGAUUCAGGGAAAAGUGAUGUUAUUCCCUAAUCAGGAUAACAUUGUUGUCAAAAAUAUUAAUUCCAAGUUGACUAAAGAUCAACGUAAGUUGUUUCGUGAUACUUGUUUUGGUUAUUUUUUGGAUAGCCAUCCUGUUGGUUUUCAGUCUCAAUUAGUUCAUAAUGCCUUACAUAGGGAGGUAUAUCAGAAAAAUGAAAAAGAAAUGUGGUUUAAGUUUGGUGAUGAGAAUUUCAGAUUCAGUUUAGCUGAGUUUGCUGUUGUUUCUGGUUUACUGUGUGUUGGUGAUGCCGAUUUGAGUAAGUAUACACACAGAGAAAAUGCUUUUGUUGAUCGAUAUUUUUGUGAUCAGACAGUGACUGUUAGUGCUGUUGAGCAUAGGUUUAUGUAUAGUGAUUUCAAGUCAGAUGAGUAUGCUGUGAAGAUGGCUGUUUUGUACCUUGUUACUAAUUGUUUGAUUAGUAGUGUUUACUCAAAAAAAGUUCCUGUUGAGAUUUUGAACAUAAUUGGGGUUGAUGAGUAUGGUAGUUUUCCAUGGGGUAUACCAGUGUUUGAAUUAACUUUGCACAAUUUAAAGAUUGGUCUGAGGGGUGUUAUGAAGGGAAAAGGUGUUGCUAAGCCUCUUGCUAAGGUUAAAGGGAAACAUUUGGAAAAGGGUCCUCGAUCUUAUAAACUUCCUGGUUUACCUUUUGCAUUUUUGGUUUGGUUGUAUGAAACCAUUACUUUGUGCUUGAAGGCAAAGUUUUGUUCCUAUGAUUCUGGUAAACCAUAUAGGUUUUGUAGAUGGAAGAGUAUUGGAAAUCCUAAUUCAAGUGAAGUUGAGAAGAAAGUUCUAUCUUCAAAUAAGGUAUUUUUUAUAUUUUGUAAAUUGUUUAUUUGUUGUUUUUAUUAUAUUUUGUAAACUAAUUAUUUUUU